GUCAUUGUGCCGUCCAGCAACGUAGUGUCGAAGGCAGUAGCUUGGAAGCUUGCGAUGCCAUCCUCCAGGGCUUGCGGCUUGCGCUUUCGCUUUCUUGAAACCCGACAUGUCUAUAUAACAUUACUUACCCUUCUCCUUGAUUCCAGAUGUCCUCAAGCGACACGCACACGCACACGGACACCGCAUCACUCCUUCUUGUAUCGCCAGUUGUAAGCCAAGCCUCGACAUUACCCCACCCAAACAGCCACAAUGAAGUUCCUCUCCGCACUUCUUCUCCCGGCCCUGGCCCUGGCCGCCCCGACAAGCUUGGACCCCAGACAGGCCGGUCAGAUCCAGAUCACCUCCGUCACAGCGUCCGGCGCAGGAUGCCCGCAGGGCUCCUUCUCCACCAGCAUCAGCCCAGACGGCACCGUCAUCACCUUCGGCUUCGACAGCUACCAGACCCUCGUCGGGCCCCAGACCAACCAACGCGAGGAGGACUGCAACAUCUUCCUGGGCCUGCGCUUCCCCGUCGGCUGCUCUUCGGCCUCCAUCUCCACCACCUACCACGGCUUCGCCCAGAUAGACAGCGGCGUCACCGGCACCCUCCAGGCCAGCUACAACCUCUCCCCCGGCUCUCUCACCGGCAGCACGCCGACGACCACCUUCACCUCGGCCAGCUGGGGCGGCGGCGGCGUCUACACCAAGCAGGACACCCUCACCGCAAAGGCCACCAUCAACUCCCCCAACCAGCAGAACGUCAACUUCGAGAUCCGCAACCGCGCCAUCCUCCAGGCCUCCAACUCGGCCGUCUCGGGCACCCUCACCGUCGACGACACCACCAUCACCAUCACGCAGAUCAAGAAGUGCUGAGGGUUUUUUUUUUCUUUCUUCAUCUGACCAUUUGGUCCCAUUUUUUUCUUAAAGUCUGAAGUUAACUUAUUCGGUGGCAUGGAUUUAAAUCUGGAUGACCGGGGAUGGGAUGGGUGCAUUUUUAGACAUCAUAAUGAGCACGGAAGGGAGAAGGGGAGAGUCUAUGUAUAUUUAUUAACUGCACGAGGGAUAUGCCAUUAGCGGACUGGUAAUAUCAUUUCCAUCAAACCGCUUCAAUGGGAUUUGGGAAUGCCACCAAAUGCAAAAUUGACG